AUGUUAAGUAACCACUUUGAUAUGAAGGACCUAGGUGAUGCUUAUGUUGUUUUAGGCAUCCAAAUUUUUCGCGAUAGGUCACGUGGUAUUCUUGGUUUGUCUCAAAAAGGAUAUAUUGAAAGGAUCCUUAAGCGAUUCAAUAUGCAAUCUUGCUCUCCGUGCAGUGUGCCUGUCCAAAAGGGUGAUAAGCUCUCUAAAUCUGAAUGUCCUCAAAAUGCUAAAGAAACUUCUGAAAUGGAAAGGGUCCCAUAUGCUUCCGCUGUUGGCAGUUUGAUGUAUGCUCAAGUUUGUACUCGUUCCGAUAUUGCAUAUGCAGUUAAUGUUUUAGGGAGAUACUUGAGUAACCCAGGUUUGGGUCAUUGGAAAGCCGUUAAAAAGGUCAUGCGAUAUUUGCAGGGAACCAAAGAUUACAUUUUGACCUAUAAGAAGUCUGACCAACUUCAGGUCGUUGGUUAUUCUGAUUCUGAUUUUGCGGGUUGCCCUAACGACCGAAAGUCUACUUCCGGCUUGAUUUUUAUGAUGGCAGGAGGAGCUAUUUCGUGGAAGAGUGUUAAACAGACUCUUACAGCUACCUCAACCAUGGAGGCAGAAUAUGUAGCUUGCUAUGAAGCUACUUGUCAAGCUAUGUAG